AUGGAAGAAGAACGUGAUAGCCGUGAUGGUCGGAAACACGGCCGACGGGACGGGCAUUCGCGGGAAGAGAGAUAUUUGGGGCCCAAAGGAGACUUUACCAAUUCCAAGAAUGAGGUCGUGGUGGGGUCCCGAUACAAAAAUAAGUCCAUAGUUACUCCUUGCCCAUCUGUCGAAGGCUGGAUCUUGAUAGUCAACGGCAUCCAUGAAGAAGCUCCAGAAGACACUGUGCUCGAGGCGUUCGAGCCGUUCGGGGAAGUCCAUGGACUUCAUUUAAAUUUGGAUAGACGAACCGGCUAUGCCAAAGGGUACGCUUUAGUUGAGUUUAAGGAAAAGGAAGCUGCCGCAAGGGCCAUCCAGGAGAUGGACGGGUCCCAGCUACUCGGCAGGACAAUUCUGGUGGACUGGGCGUUCAUUAAACAAUAA